GGGAGGAGGGUUGCACAUUUUACAGCUCACUGACCAUUUGGCGAUCCAUUGAGAGGAGGGUUUGGAAAAGUGGCUUCUUUGUGACAGCUCUCGCCAGAUUGGGGGGCUGCUCAUUUGCAUCUCAUUAGCCAUGCGGGCGGCCGGCGGGAUAUAAGGGCGCGGCGCCGGCGAGAGCCAGACCCUCGGCGCGCACCCGCGGGACCCGGCGGCCAGGGCGGAUCGUGGCGGAGGACGGGCCGCGGCGCGCAGAGCCUCCUCCCACGACUCGCCUCGGCUCCGCGCGUGUUUACUCGGAUGGCACUGGCUGGGCUCCUCGGAACGACGCGAAUCUCUGUGGCGGCACCGGAGGUACCGGGGGCCCAGGCUGCUUCCGGAGCGCCCGUGGCCGCCGCGCAGUGACCCGGCCCGGCCCGGCCCGCGCUCCGCCGGCCCCGGAUGGUCGCCGCUCCGUGGAUUUCCAGACUGAGCCUCUCGCCGGACGCGGAGGAGCCUCCGCAGCGCCUUGGGAACUAAGCUGACUGGACGUUUUCUCUGUCCCUCCCUCUCUCUCCCUUUUUUUUUCUUCCUGCGAAGACGCACAAGAAAAAAAACCAGGAAGCAGACGACCCUGACCCACUCGUGGAUUGAAAGAAAAGACGGGGAAACCGAAAGUUGCCUCUCCGGGAACACUCUCUCUGAGCGAGCCCUGCUCCUCGCACAUCCCCAGCUGCCUCAGUCGCCGAGCGCGAUCCAAGAAGCCUCGGCCUGGACCGAGCCGGGCCGGACCCCAGGAGAAGGGAGUCCUGGUCGUCCCGGCCCGGCAGAGCCGGACUCCCCACCCACGCUGCUCCGAGCGCACUCUGUCCCUCGCAUCUCCCAGCUGCUGCGUUUCCUGGAAGAGAGCCGGUGGACCGCCGGAGAGCGAGCGUGCCGGGAGGUGCAUCAUGGGCCGCCGGUGCGCCCUGGCCCUCGCCCUGGUCUCGGCCCUGCUGUGCCAGGUCGGCGGCUCGGGGGUGUUCGAGCUGAAGCUGCAGGAGUUCGUCAACAAGAAGGGGCAGCUGGGCAACAGCAACUGCUGCCGCGGCGGCGCGGGGCCCCCGCCGUGCGCCUGCAGGACCUUCUUCCGCGUCUGCCUCAAGCACUACCAGGCCAGCGUGUCCCCCGAGCCGCCCUGCACCUACGGCAGCGCCGUCACGCCGGUGCUGGGCGUCGACUCCUUCAGCCUGCCCGAGGGCGCGGGCGCGGACCCCGCCUUCAGCAACCCCAUCCGCUUCCCGCUGGGCUUCACCUGGCCGGGCACCUUCUCUCUGAUCAUCGAAGCCCUGCACACAGACUCUCCCGACGACCUCGCAACAGAAAACCCGGAGAGGCUCAUCAGCCGCCUGGCCACACAGCGGCACCUGACCGUGGGCGAGCAGUGGUCCCAGGACCUGCACAGCAGCGGCCGCACGGACCUCAAGUACUCCUACCGCUUCGUGUGCGAUGAGCACUACUACGGGGAGGGCUGCUCCGUCUUCUGCCGCCCCCGGGACGACGCCUUCGGCCACUUCACCUGCGGGGAGAGGGGGGGGAAAGUCUGCAACCCUGGCUGGAAAGGCCAGUACUGCACUGAAGCAAUCUGCUUGCCCGGAUGCGACGAGCAGCACGGGCACUGUGAGAAGCCCGGGGAGUGCAAGUGCAGAGUGGGCUGGCAGGGUCGGUACUGUGACCAGUGCAUUCGGUACCCAGGCUGUCUCCACGGCACCUGCCAGCAGCCCUGGCAGUGCACCUGUCAGGAAGGCUGGGGGGGCCUGUUCUGCAACCAGGACCUCAACUACUGCACCCACCAUCGGCCCUGCAAGAACGGGGCCACCUGCACCAACACGGGCCAGGGGAGCUACACCUGCUCUUGUCGGCCGGGGUACACGGGGGCCACCUGCGAGGCGGAGGUGGACGAGUGUGGCGCCAGCCCCUGCCGGAACGGGGGCAGCUGCACGGACCUGGAGAACAGCUACUCCUGCACCUGCCCGCCCGGCUUCUACGGCAGGGCGUGCGAGCUGAGCGCCAUGGCCUGUGCGGACGGCCCCUGCUUCAACGGGGGCCGGUGCUCCGACAGCCCCGAGGGGGGCUACAGCUGCCGCUGCCCCGCGGGCUUCUCCGGCUUCAACUGCGAGAAGAAGGUGGACGCCUGCAGCUCCUCGCCUUGCUCCAACGGUGCGCAGUGUGUGGACCUGGGCGACGCCUACCUGUGCCGCUGCCGGGCCGGCUUCUCGGGGCGGCGCUGCGAGGACAACGUGGACGACUGCGCCUCCUCCCCGUGCGCCCACGGGGGCACCUGCCGGGACGGCGUGGGCGCCUUCUCCUGCACCUGCCCCCCCGGGUACACGGGCAGGAACUGCAGCGCCCCGGUCAGCAGGUGCGAGCACGCGCCCUGCCACAACGGGGCCACCUGCCACGAGCGGGCCCGCCGCUACCUGUGCGAGUGCGCCCGGGGCUACGGGGGCCCCAACUGCCAGUUCCUGCUGCCCGAGCCGCCCCGCGUGCCGCUGCUGAACUUCUCCGAGAAGCACGUGGAGGGCCAGCCCGGGCCCUUCCCCUGGGCGGCUGUCUGCGCGGGCGUGGUCCUGGUCCUCGUGCUGCUGCUGGGCUGCGCCGCGGGGGUGGUCUGCGUGCGGCUGAGGCUGCAGAAGGGCCGGCCCCCCGCCGACCCCUGCCGCGGGGAGACGGAGACCAUGAACAACCUGGCCAACUGCCAGCGCGAGAAGGACGUCUCCGUCAGCGUCAUCGGGGCCACGCAGAUCAAGAACACCAACAAGAAGGUGGACUUCCACGGGGACCGCGGGGCCGGCAAGAACGGCCAGAACGGCCUCAAGGCCCGCUACCCCGGCGUGGACGCGAACCUGGUGCAGGAGCUGCAGGGCGAUGACGCUGCCGCCAGGGACCCCCACGGCCAGCGGGACACCAAGUGCCAGCCGCCGGGCUCUGCAGGGGACAAGGGCGCCCCGACGCUCAGGGGGGGAGACUCUUCUGAGCGGAAGCGGCGGGACUCGGCGUACUCCGCCUCCAAGGACACGAAGUACCAGUCGGUGUACGUCAUAUCGGAGAAGGACGAGUGCGUCAUCGCCACCGAGGUGUGACAGCGCGGGGGCCGGGCGAAGUCCCCGUCCCUCCUAGACCGAACAGAAUUCCAAGGACCUGCGCCCCGACGGAUGCUGCUGCUGCGAGGGGAGGAGAGACCUCCAGGGCCGGCUGGCCGCCGGGCGCGGGUCCCGGAGGCCAGCCGGCGGCGCCGCGGGCGGGCUGCGGCCCGGGCCGUCCCGGGACGCCCACCGCGCUCCGCCUCUCUGCGGCGCCGACAUUGCACUAUGGACAGUUGCUUCUAAAGAUUUAUAUUUAAGGGGGUGGGCGGAGUCACGGCACGAGGCGCGCGCACCGCCCGAGGCGCGCGCUUCGGAUUCUUAUGAGCCAGUCUUUCUUGAGUUGGAAUCACAGACACUGCCUUCAUCGUCCUUUUUGAUACUGAAAUGCGUUUUUUU